CUGAGCAUCCACGAUAGGACUGAGUCGGAGACCUCGUUUCCUGAUUGGCCGUGUUGCACGGCGGCUUCUCCUGCGGCUGGUAACCCGGAAGUGAUGCCUAAAGCUGCGCACCGCGUGGUCUCGCCUCCUUGGGAGUAGGUUUCGGCGGCCGCUGCGAUGACCAAAAUAAAGGCAGAUCCCGACGGGCCCGAGGCUCAGGCGGAGGCGUGCUCCGGGGAGCGCACCUACCAGGAGCUGCUGGUCAACCAAAACCCCAUCGCGCAGCCCCUGGCUUCUCGUCGCCUCACGCGGAAGCUCUACAAAUGCAUCAAGAAAGCCGUGAAGCAGAAGCAGAUUCGGCGCGGGGUGAAAGAGGUUCAGAAAUUUGUCAACAAAGGAGAAAAAGGGAUCAUGGUUUUGGCAGGGGACACACUGCCCAUUGAGGUAUACUGCCAUCUCCCAGUCAUGUGUGAGGACCGAAAUCUGCCCUAUGUCUAUAUCCCCUCUAAGACGGACCUGGGUGCAGCUGCAGGCUCCAAGCGCCCCACCUGCGUGAUAAUGGUCAAGCCCCAUGAGGAGUACCAGGAGGCCUACGACGAGUGUCUGGAGGAGGUGCAGUCCCUGCCCCUAGCCCUGUGAGGGCCCCGGCAGCACCUGGGCACCUGCCUCUGGAAGCUAAUGACUGGCUGUCCUCCUGCCCACACACUGACGGCAUCUUCCCAGUUCCCCGAGGCACGCCUUCUUCCCAGGCAGCUCUGACGGCCCUCUCAUGAGGUAACGCCAGCCCUCUCUCCAUCAGUGCCACGGAACUUAAGGGAAGGCUGUUCCAAACACAUUCACGGUUGAGUGUGUGGUGGGCAAAGUAAAUGCUAAAACUAAAA